AUGAGUCUAAAGACUAAAAGCAGUGCUAAUAAAGCUCUUCUUCAAGAACUACCUUUUUCAAACCUUUGGCCCGCUCAAUUUAAUAAUUUAUUUAAAAACAGUAGCUUUAGUAAUUCUUUCCUACCGACAAAAAAAGACCUUGAUCGCUUGACUAGCAUUCACGAUUUGGACCUUUUUAAUUUGAACAUGCAUGAGAAAAGAUCGAACAAUGUAAAUGAUAAUUACUAUUCGCAAAUGCGUUGCAAAUAUUAUUCGCCUCACAGCUUUAAUCAACUUAAAGAAACCUCUAAUCUAUCUACUGACUGCAAUAAUAAAUUUUCCUUACUACAUAAUAACAUAAGAAGCCUAAAGAAAAAUUUAGAAAAUUUACAAACACAUCUCCUCGAUGAACUUGCCUAUAAUUUUGAUGUAAUUGGUGUUACAGAAACUAAAAUUAAGCAAGACGUUUUUAUUGAUUUUAAUCCCUCAAUGCCAAACUACAACUUUGAAUUUGUACAUACACCAUUAGCUGCUGGAGGAGUAGGCAUGUAUAUUAAUAGUAGUCUGAAGUAUAAAAUACUUGAGAAAAGCUCUAAUGAAUCUUAUCAGGCACUGUGGAUCGAAAUUCAAUCACCGAAGAAUGCAAACAUAAUAUGUGGUGUUAUUUACAGGCAACACAAUUCACCGGAACGUUUCUUAAGCUAUUUCGAAGAAACUAUUGAAAAAAUGAGUGCAUCCGGUAAACCCAUUUACCUAAUGGGCGAUUUUAAUAUCAAUCUUCUUCUUUCUGAAACAUGUAAUCACGCUCAAAAUUUUAUCCUCUCUAUGCAAAGUUUCAAUUUAAUGCCUACUAUAGACAAACCAACACGUGUACAUAAUGACUCGGCAACACUCUUAGAUAAUAUUUUUGUAAGCAAAUUAGAAAAUAAUAUUACAUCCGGAAAUAUUGUCUCACAUAUAAGUGAUCAUUACUCUCAGUUUUUUAUCACUCAUUCGAACGUAAAAGCUAAAACUAAUUUUGCAAACAAACAUUUAACUCGAGACUAUUCAAAGUUUUCAGAAUCCAACUUUGUCAAUGAUCUUUCCCGUGCUGGUUUGAAUCAUGCUGUUGAUUUGAGCGAAAAUGAUAUAAAUAAAUCGUUUUCAACAUUUUACAAUAAGUUAAAUACAUAUGUUUGCGAUGUUACUCUGAGUGCAUAUCCACACCGGGCGAGCUUGAAAAAUAUGCCCGGCCACGGUGGGAUUCGAACCUACGACCUUUGGAAUACUAGCCCCAUGCUCUUCCAACUGAGCUACGCGGUCAGGACGGUUCGAGUAAGUGAUAAAAAAAAAAUCAUAUUACUAGAACACAUUGGUAUUGAAGGAACUAGAUACUGUUCCGAAAUAUCACUUACUCGAACCGUCCUGACCGCGUAGCUCAGUUGGAAGAGCAUGGGGCUAGUAUUCCAAAGGUCGUAGGUUCGAAUCGCACCGUGGUCGGGCAUAUUUUUCAAGCUCGCCCGGUGUGGAUAUGCACUCAGAGUAACAUCGCAAACAUAUUAAAUUCACCUGAGUACACAACACCAACACAAAAAAAUUCAAAUUUAAGUUAAAUACAGUUAUCAAAAACCAUGCUCCCCUAAGCGUAAAGCAAAGCAGUUAACCAAACCAUGGAUAACUAAAGGUAUCAGGAAAUCAAUUAAAAUUAAGAAUAGGUUAUAUAAUCGCGGUGAUAAGGAUAAAUAUAAAUUCUAUAGAAACAAAAUUUUGACACUCACUCGUCAGAGUAAAAAGGAUAUUAUCAUUGAGUACAACUUUGCAAACGCUAAAAAGACCUGGGAAGGUAUAAACGAAUUAAUUAAUCGGAAGAAACAGUCAACUAGACCCAUCUCGUCUUUAAAAUGUCCCAUCAGCAACAGAAUGAUAUAUGAUGAAAGUAAGUUUCCAAAUAUAUUCAAUAAAUACUUUUCAUCAGUGGGUCAUAAUUUAGCUAGUAAAAUGCCAAAUUCACAAAUUCCAUUCACAAAUUACUUUCCAAAGAUAAAUAACCGAGGAUCGUUUCAAUUUAAUCCUAUCAUGCCGCACGAGAUCGAAAUAGAAAUUAUGUUAAUUCCAAUGAAAAAGGCACAUGGCCUAUACUCAUGCCCAACUCGUAUUUUAAAAUGCGCUAGACACGUUUUAUCGAAUCCUUUAUCUGAUUUAAUGAAUAAAUCGGUUGAAUGCGGCCAAUACCCAGCUAAAUUAAAACACUCAAAAGUUAUCCCUAUUUACAAAAAGGAUGAUGAAACCGAUCCUUCUAAUUAUAGACCAAUAUCUCUUUUAUCAAUCUUUAAUAAAAUUUUUGAAAAAUUGAUGUAUAAUCGUUUAAAAUCUUUUCUUGAGAAACAAAAUAUCAUAUUUAAAUCUCAGUAUGGUUUUCGUGAAAAAUAUUCAACUCAGCAUGCAAUUUUAGAUAUAGUAAAUCAAAUCAAAUCUAACAUGUCUCGUAAAUUGUUCACUUGAGGUAUUUUUAUUGAUUUGCAAAAGGCAUUUCACACUGUAAACUAUUCAAUACUUUUAGAAAAAUUGCAUCAUUAUGGAAUAAGAGGAGGCCUACUCUGGGGCGGUAAAUCGCCUUAAAUCGCUGCGAUAUAAUGCGAUUUUGGGCGAUUUUAGGCGAUUUAAGGAAAAACUGGGACUUUCAAGCACUGCGAUUUAGUGCGAUUUUAGGCGAUUUAAGAAAUUUUUUUAAAUUUUAGGGAUUGCAAUUUAGGUGUUUUCAAAGGAAUUGAAUUCUAUAGUUUGCUCCGGUUUCUUCCCACAGGGCAAAAUUGGCAGGGUGGGUUAGGAUAAACACAGUUAGGAAAGUAAUAUCAUAUCCUCAUUGUUGUCAAGAUAAAUAGUCUAGGCUAACAUAAGUAAUCAUAGUACUUGAUGUAAUCGAUCACUGAGAAGCCCCAAUGUGGGGAGUGCGCGGAAUAAUAAUGUAAUGUUUCCACACACAUUUGCAUUGUAUGAAGCAAAAUACAAUUAUUAGAACAUGUAUGUACAUUUUAUAUAAAGCUAGGUUAACUAUUGUAUUUAACCUGAUUCACAUAUAAAGCUCAAUAUUCAUGAACUUUUCACCCAUUCUCUAUUUAGAAGCCAUUGGGUUCAUCUUGGACCCCAUAGCAGGGUGUUAGCUAGCCCAUAUGCUGUCCGUUUGACGGACUCUUCCCAAUUGAGGGCUUUCCCAACUGGGUCUACUGGAAAAUUAGCAUGUGUCCCCCAAAAUUUUAACGGUCGGGCAAAAAUCAAUCCGAAAUUGGUCAAAACCUAAAAAUUUCAAUAUUCUGUGAAAAUUUUUUCGCAUUUGGCGGAAAUUACGGAAUAUUUCUUUGAUACCUCCUGAAAAAUUUUUUUGAUGACCCCCCCUCCCGCUCGCCAAGAAUUUUGGGAAAAAUAUUCAGCUAAGUCCAGUUAAAACUUUCCCAAUUUACGUUUAACGGACAAAACAUUUUUUUCUGGCUAACACCCUGCAUAGCUACAUUUAUAUACACCACAAAUAUUAUAAACAGUUAAUAUACUCUACUUAAGGGGCAUGAACUACACAUAUCGAGUUAAAAUUGCAAGAUAUAAUAAAUAUUUGAUUUCCAAAAAAAUCACAAGGGGUAGGGGGUAGAAACACACAAUGUAUUUAUACUGUAUAACUGAUAGACCAUAAUCCCAAAAUUUACCUUGUCACCCUUGUAAGUGAAAUUGUCUUGUUUUGUAUCAUGUCAAAACUUCUUUAUUUAGCUUAUAUUUUAUUUAAACUGUUUCAAUCUCGUGCUUUCUUCAUGCUACAAACAUACCGGUAUUUAUAUUUUUUUAUAUCUACUGUACAUCAUAUGAUAUCCCAGUGCCAUAUCACAGAAUAAGGUUAUCGCCAUAUCACGCACAAUGUAUUUAUACAGUUACAAUAAGCUAUAAUCCUAUAAAUUACCUUGUCACCCGUCCCUUGUAACUGAAAUUGUCUUGUUUUGUAUCUUGUCAACACUUCUUUAUUUAGCUUGCAUUUUACUCUGCAUUUUAUUGAAACUGUUUCAACAAACAUGUUUUAUAAAAUUAUGUUUCAUAUUUACAUCCAGAAACAGUAUCGUACUAUCGUCACGCAUUCGGAAACUGUCGGCGUAAUGCCGUAAUGUUUAAAUUACAUGAAGUAUAUCGUAUGUAAAUGGUUGGAAUUCUAAAUUAUUUUAAAAAUGGCGCACUACAACGUGGUUUUAGGUUCUGCAAACAAACAACACCAAAAGAUCUAUUGUAUGGUAUGUAAGAUGUAAUCAUUGUUUUACUGUUUAUUGUAUUUACAGGUCUGGAAAAUUUAAUAGACGAGAGUUGCAAAUCGCUCAUAUAAACCUCACGUAUAUUUUUCGUUUGAUAGCCACUAUAAUUAUAACUAGGAGCUAGAGUAUAACCAUGCACAUGUGGAAGUACAACCAUUGUAUACAAUGCAGUGCUCGAUCGUACAUGCAACAGUGCACAAAUUACAAGAUGACUUUAUUAUAUAAAUCAACACUCGUACUCAUUGACUUUCGUAGUUUCCUACUGUUGUUCUAAUUAAAGCCUGGUUCACAUAUGUCUGCGAUGUGUCGGCGGGCUAUUGUCUUAGCAGUUCUUCACAAAAGAAUGCAUCAACAGCUGUAAACGAUGACGUUGCAGGCAUAUCGCAGACAUGUGAACCAGGCUCAACAGCAAUGUAGCUAGAUUAUAGAUUAAUUCGUAGCCCAGCCUCCAUAGUCCAUAUAAAUUGUAGCCCAGCCUCCAUUUACACCAAUAAUGAAAUUAGCUCAUUCUGGUAACUAGCUCAAUUUUGUUGCUUGCAGUGUAUCGGAUCUAUGGGUCUUUCAGAUCCCAGAAUUACCUAAUUAUUGUAAAGUCUGCAUAAAGCAGAAAAGGCUCUGUUUUUGUCAAUGACCGGUGCCUAUUGAGUGACCAAAUAUUGUCAGCCUAAUCCACUUAUUUGAUUGCUAAUUCAUGUUGCAUUACUUUUCAUUGCAAAGCACCUGGAUUACAUGAUUUGCCCGUAAAAUAGCAGCAAUUGAUAAACUUGAGUACAUGGACUGAAUGUAUCAGGCAGAAUGCAUGUUCGCGAUUUUAAGCCAUUUUAGGCGAUUUUAGGCGAUUUAGGAGAAAUUCGAGUCUCACUAGCAACUAAAAAUUACAUUAAAUACCUCGGUGUUCUCAUGGACUCAAAUCUUUCAUGGAAAUUUCAUAUUGAGUACAUCGCCUCUAAUCUUAGCAAACGAAUUGGCAUAAUUGCUACGCUGCGUCAUUUUGUACCAGUUAGUACAUUAAUAAGUAUCUAUAAGUCCCUUAUGCUGCCUUACCUAACUUAUGCUAUUGUUGUAUGGGGAUGUGCUGCCAAAUGUUACAUUGAUAAAAUCCUUAAACUCCAAAAACGUGCCCUUCGCUUAAUAUAUUCUGCACACUAUCUGUCUCAUGCCAUUCCUUAUUUUCUGUCAGCUAAUGCUCUGCCAAUAAAUUUGUUCUAUUGCAAAUCAGUAUCAAUACUAAUGCAUGACGUAUCAAGUUCAGUAGUACCCCCAAAUAUUUCGGCUUUGUUUACCCCAUUAAGUCAGGUACACGAACACAACACCAGAUCUUCCACUAGGAAGAACUUCCACGUCGAAUAUUCAGGUUUAGAUGUGCAAAGCAAAUCAUUCUCAAGAAUGGAGGUAGAAUUUGGAAUAGCAUUCCUACAGAACUACGUGAAAAAUCAAAGAAUCACUUUAAAAAAGUUUUACAUAGAAAGUUACUUCAAAUAUUAGAAAAGAAAGAUAACUAUAUUGUUAUUCUAACAAUACAAAAAGAAAUCGCAAUAAUCUAAAAGUUAAAUUAUUUUAUGAUCCUGAAUUUAAGUCAGAUCAUUCGUUAGACAUUAUGUUUGUAUAUAUGGUGAAUGUAUUUCUAUCAUAUAUAUGCCUUUUGGUGUUGAAUAGAGCUUGUAUUUACAAAAGAUUUUUGAAAUCUUCUUUAAUUCCGAAUUUGUGUAGUUGCUGUCCACCACGAUUAGCUUUUGCUAUUUGUGGACAGCAACAUUUUAUUGAUUUUGUAAAUUAAUUUGACUUAAUAAAAUUGAAUCGAAUUGAAUUGAAUUGGUCCCUGGCGGUUAGGACAAGGUUCCUGCCGGUGAGGACAAGGUUUCUGACUGUAAGAACAAGGUUUCUGGCGGUGAGGACAAGGUUACUGGCGGUGAGAACAAGGUUCCUGUCGGUGAGGACAAGGUUACUGGCGGUGAGGACAAUGUUCCUGGCGGUGAGGUCAGGUACACGAACACAACACCAGAUCUUCCACUAGGAAGAACUUCCACGUCGAAUAUUCAGGUUUAGAUGUGCAAAGCAAAUCAUUCUCAAGAAUGGAGGUAGAAUUUGGAAUAGCAUUCCUACAGAACUACGUGAAAAAUCAAAGAAUCACUUUAAAAAAGUUUUACAUAGAAAGUUACUUCAAAUAUUAGAAAAGAAAGAUAACUAUAUUGUUAUUCUAACAAUACAAAAAGAAAUCGCAAUAAUCUAAAAGUUAAAUUAUUUUAUGAUCCUGAAUUUAAGUCAGAUCAUUCGUUAGACAUUAUGUUUGUAUAUAUGAUGAAUGUAUUUCUAUCAUAUAUAUGCCUUUUGGUGUUGAAUAGAGCUUGUAUUUACUAAAGAAUUUUGAAAUCUUCUUUAAUUCCGAAUUUGUGUAGUUGCUGUCCACCACGAUUAGCUUUUGCUAUUUGUGGACAGCAACAUUUUAUUGAUUUUGUAAAUUAAUUUGACUUAAUAAAAUUGAAUCGAAUUGAAUUGAAUUGGUCCCUGGCGGUUAGGACAAGGUUCCUGCCGGUGAGGACAAGGUUUCUGACUGUAAGAACAAGGUUUCUGGCGGUGAGGACAAGGUUACUGGCGGUGAGAACAAGGUUCCUGUCGGUGAGGACAAGGUUACUGGCGGUGAGGACAAUGUUCCUGGCGGUGAGGACAAGGUUCCUGGCGGUGAGGACAAGGUUCCUGGCGGUAAGAACAAGGUUAAUGGCGGUGAGAACAAUGUUCCUGCCGGUGAGGACAAGGUUACUGGCGGUUAGGACAACGUUGCUGGCGAUGGGUGAGGAAAUGGUUCCUGCCGGUGGGUGAGGACAAGGUUCCUGGCGGUGAGGACAAGGUUCCUGGCGGUGAAGACAAGGUUCUUGGCGGUGACGACAAGGUUCCUGGCGGUGACGACAAUGUUCUUGGCGGUAAGGACAAGGUUUCUGACGGUGACGACAAGGUUCCUGGCGCAGAGGACAAGGUUCCUCGCGGUGGGGUCAAGGUUACUGGCGGUGAGGACAACGUUGCUGGCGGUGGGUGAGGAAAUGGCUCCUGCCGGUGGGUGAGGACAAGGUUCCUGGCGGUGAGGACAAGAUUCCUGGCGGUGAGGACAAGGUUCUUGGCGGUGACGACAAGGUUCCUGGCGGUGACGACAAAGUUCUUGGCGGUAAGGACAAGGUUCCUGACGGUGACGAAAAGGUUCCUGGCGCUGAGGACAAGGUUCCUCGCGGUGUGGACAAGGUUCCUGGCGGUGGGGACAAGGUUCCUGGCGGUGAGGACAAGGUUCCUGGCAGUGAGGACAAGGCUCCUGGCUGUAAGGACAAGGUUCCUGGCGGUGAGGACAAGGUUUCAGACGGUGAGGACAAGGUUUCUAGCGGUGAGGAAAAGGUUCCUGGCGGUGAGGACAAGGUUCCAGGUGGUGAGGACAAGGUUCCUGGCGGUGAGGACAAGGUUCCUGGCGGUGAGGACAAGGUUGCUGGCGGUGAGAACAAGGUUCCUGGCGGUCAGGACAAGGUUCCUGGCGGUGAGGAAAAGGUUUCAGACGGUGAGGACAAGGUUUCUAGCGGUGAGGACAAGGUUCCUGGCGGUGAGGACAAUGUUCCUGGCGGUGAGGACAAGGUUCCUGGCAGUGACGACAAGGUUCAUGGCGGUGAGGAGAAGGUUCCUGGCGGUGAGAACAAGGUUCCUGGCAAUGAGGACAAGGUUCUUGGCGGUAAGAUCAACGUUCCUGGCGGUGACGACAAGGUUCCUGGCGGUGAGGACAAGGUUCCUCGCGGUGGAAUCAAGGUUACUGGCGGUGAGGACAACGUUGCUGGAGGUCGGUGAGGAAAUGGCUCCUGCCGGUGGGUGAGGACAAGGUUUCUGGCGGUGAGGACAAGAUUCCUGGCGGUGAGGACAAGGUUCUUGGCGGUGACGACAAGGUUCCUGGCGGUGACGACAAUGUUCUCUGCGGUAAGGACAAGGCUCCUGACGGUGACGAAAAGGUUCCUGGCGCAGAGGACAAGGUUCCUCGCGGUGUGGACAAGGUUCCUGGCGGUGGGGACAAGGUUCCUGGCGGUGAGGACAAGGUUCCUGGCGGUGAGGACAAGGUUCCUGGCGGUGAGGACAAGGUUCCGGCCGGUGAGGACAAGGUUCCUGGCGGUGAGGACGAGGUUCCUGGCGGUGAGGGCAAGGUUCCUGGAGGUGAGGACAAGGUUCCUGGCGGUGAGGACAAGGUUACUGGCAGUGAGGACAAGGUUCCUGCCGGUGAGGACAAGGUUCCUGGCGGUGAGGACAAGGUUCCUGGCGGUGAGGACAACAUUCCUGGCGGUGAGGUCAACGUUCUUGGCGGUGAGGACAAGGUUCCCGGCGGUGAGGACAAUGUUCCAAGCGGUGAAGACAAGGUUCCUGGCGGUGAGGAAAAGGUUCCAAGCGGUGAGGAAAAGGUUCCUGGCGCUGAGGAAAAGGUUUUUGGUGCUGAGGAAAAGGUUUUUGGCGUUGAGUACAAAGUUCCCGGCGGUGAGGACAAGGUUCCUGGCGGUGAGGACAAGGUCCCUGGCGGUGAAGACAAGGUUCCUGGCGGUGAAGACAAAGUUCCAAGCGGUGAGGACAAGGUUUCUGGCGCUGAGAAAAAGGUUUUUGGCGUUGAGUACAAAAUUCCUGGCGUUGAGCACAAGGUUCCUGGCG